AUGGAGAAACGAGCCAAUAUCUAUUCCUCUCGACCGGAGAUCGUCAUCAUGGGUGAUAUGUUCAACUGGACUGUGAAUAAUCAGCAUUCAGUCGUGGGCUCUCAAGCGAUCCGCACCUAUCGCGACAUUCAAGCCGCAGAAUCUAAAAUCCUGCGGAUUAUGUCUUUCAUCUCGAAAGCGUGCUCCGUGGCCUCCAUCUUUGGCUGGGGACGUCGUAUCGUGAGGAAAAACGAUUACGUGGCCAAGCAAGCGCUCGAAGUGAUGGCCAAUGCGGUCGACGUUAUCAUCCCCGGCCCAUACUGGAUGGAGUCUCUACCAUUCUUGACCAAGUUACCCAAGUGGCUUUACCCCCUGCCACGAGCCAUCCAAGACCAAGCCAGUCUGCUCUCACGCUACUUCUAUGCUCUAUCUCUUGAAGGAUCUGAAGGGAAAGAAGGCAGCUUUUCUAUGCGACUCAUCGAAGAACAAAAUUCCAACGGUCUAUCCAACGAGGAGGUGGCAAGCUUGACCUCGAACUUGAUCGGGGGGCGGCGUUGA